GGUUGUUUGUAUAUCAAUCUUUGUGUUAAGAAAAUGUGCUGCAACUAUUUCCGUAUUCCCUUCUCUCUGUGGGUGAUGUAACCAUAAAUAUUCCUACCACUCACAUGUAUGCCAAUAGUUCAGUUCAUUCAACCACAUCGCUUCUCACACACUUAGUCACUCAACUGCACACAAUUUUUCUCGGCCGCAUUGAACGAUGCGCGAUGUCCAUGAUCUUUCUUUCGAUUCCCAAUUUGUGUGUCUUCACUCGUACCAUAGCGUUUGGCAUUUUGGCACCUGUUUCAGAAUCAACAAACAAACAAGUGGCAGACGAAAUAAGCAUUUCAACAUAUGGCACAAAAUACAUUUUGUGCAUGCGGUGUCUUAGUAGGGCAUCCAUUGGACACGAUCAAAACAUGGCAGCAAGCUUCAAACACUUCUGUGCCAAGUGCAAUGCGGCAAAUUUAUCUGCGGAAUAAUGGCUUGAACGGUUUCUACAGGGGUAUGUUCUUUCCGUUCGUAACCACAGGUGCCAUUAACUCAAUACUUUUUGGUAUAUAUGGAAAUCACUUGCGACAAUUGCGUCACGUAUGCCACAGCGACUACCAACGGGAGCAGUUAGAAUAUCAGAACAUGUUUGUUGCGGGUUCCAUAGCAGGAUUCGCACAAUCUUUUAUUGCUUGUCCAAUUGAACUUAUAAAAGUUCGCCUACAGACCCAUUGCUUUUAUAACGAAUAUGUUUAUGGCAUGCGACGCACUCCAUGGGGUAUGUUCAGAAAAAUCGUACAGACUGAUGGUAUUUCCGGUAUAUAUCGAGGAUUAGUACCAAUGAUGUGCCGUGAUGUGUUUCCAUAUGGCAUAUAUAUGCUAGUUUACCGCCAAACUGUGGACUAUUUGAACACAACAGAAUUCGUACGCAAACGUCAGGAGCGGCGUCUACUUAAAGAAAGUGGAAAUGUAGAUUUUCUUGUGACUACAUUAGCUGGUGCCUGGGCAGGAAUUCUGUCAUGGGUGUGUGUUAUACCGUUCGACGUGGUGAAAACAAUUAUGCAGGCCGAAGAGAAUCGUCAAUAUCGUAACAUACGUCACUGUUUGGUCAAGAAUUAUAAGUUAUAUGGAUUACGUCGUCUGUUUCGCGGUUCAUGGAUGCUGGUUGUUCGCGCAAUACCUUUUAAUGCAGCAACUUUUCUCGGUUACGAGUACGCAUUGGAAUGGUGUCAUAAAUUGAAUGACUCAUACAUUUAAGUUUCUCAAUUAACAACAUCAAAAUACAAAAAUAUAUUGAUUUUUCAAAGUUCUUUUUA